GACAACCCCAACCCCAACCCCAAGCUCCUCGCGACACCGAUCCCGCCAUGCAAGCAGCAGCGUCCAGCGCCUAAGCCAAAGGCCCCGAGCCUCAACACCCCCACUCCCAGACUACGAAGCGCCCAUCGCACCCCUCCACAGCGCAGCACAAAUCAAGCUCCUAUCUCUCCUUAAAUCGCAGUCGCUGCGACCGUUGAAGACGCAUCUCCAGCACGCGGAGGAGAAGCUCACCGAUUCGGCUGGGGAGGUUAAUGAGCGGCUUACUGAUGCGCGGGUGCGGCUGCAGCGGUUGAAGGAGCGGAGGGGGGAGAGGGAGAAUUUUAAUGAGGGUGAGGAGGAUGGGGCACAGCAGCAGGAUGAUGAGGAAUGGGAGGAAAAGUUGAGGGAGCUUGAGAAGAAGGUCGGGGGUGUUACAGAGCGGUUGGAGGCGCGGAUGCGGGGCACGAUUGAUGGGGAGGAAUAUGAGGAGACUAGACGCCGGGGUGGGGAGGAGGAGAAUAACGACGAGGAUGAGGAUGAGGAUUAUGAGGAAGCGGAGGAGAGGGGGGAGGAAAGUGUGCCGCCGACAAGGAGGUUGGAUGAGCUACUUGGGGAGAAUUAUGCAGGGUGGGAUAGGCUUUCGUUGACGGAACGGUACUCGACCAACAAUGCCUACAUUGGGUUCUAUCGAGUUAUUCACGAAGCGAAACACCCCGGCGAAGAUAUUCCUCCACUACCGCACGCAUCAACGUGGUUCUCACAUCUGGAAGAUCCAGCUACGGCUUCGGCGCAAGCGCCCGAUUCUUCGGCCCGGCGGACGCGUCGUCGGAGAUCUCCUUCUCCGGCGGACUCAGAUGAGAUCGCCAUCGAGAGCGAGCGCAUAUCGCUCAAAUGCCCUCUAACUCUACUUUACUUCCGGGAACCUGUGACAAGUACCAAAUGUCCGCAUAGCUUUGAACGCGAAGCGAUUGAAGAUAUGAUUGCGCAUAGUUCGACGACUGUUCCCGCGCCCCAGCCGGCGGGAGCCGCCGGCCGUAGCGCGCGUCGUGUUCGCUCGGUCAAGUGUCCGGUGUGCUCAGUUGUCUUGACUGCGGCUGAUCUCCGGACGGAUCCUGUUUUGCUUAGGAGGCUGCGCCGCCAUGAAGCGGCGUUGAGACGGGAAGCGGAAGAUGAUGAGUUAUCCGAUGGGGCGCGGAGAAGACAGUCUGGGGCUAGGAAAAGCGGGAUCACUCUCGUUGACGAUGAUGGGACGGAGGACGGUAAUGAGAUGGAUGUGGAUGAUUCGGACUCGGAUGAUAGGCAGGAUGCAGAAAGUUUCCGCAGCCAAGAUCAUGUACGGAUCAAACAGGAGAUGAGUACAGCUCCUGUCGACGAUGAUUAG